AUGUUCUUGUUCACAGAUCACACCAUCCAGUCUGUUUUCUGCUGCUGCUGCUGCACAGUGGAAGAAAGAGAAAUGAGAACAAAAAUGAACCUGGACCCUGACACUGUCCUGGUGACCCCGUACUCUGCCUCACAACCAGAUGUUUCCUAUGAAUCUACUUGGAAGUGCAGGCGUAAGAGACAAUUGCAAUUUAAGAACAAGCCAUUACCUCCUCUGCCUGCUGAGGCCUUUGAAGACUACGCCAAGAAGCCAAGAGUUAUUGCACUCUAUGACUUCUUUGCUAGAGGGCCUUUAGAUUUACCUCUCAAGAAGUCAGAAGAAUACAUUAUCCUCGAACAGUAUGAUCCUCUCUGGUGGAAGGCAAGAGACCGACAUGGGAAUGAAGGUCUAAUUCCCAGCAACUACGUUACUGAGAACAAGAAAAGUAAUUUAGAAACAUACAAGUGGUACUACAGAAACAUUAACAGAAGCCAGGCAGAACUUCUUUUGCGCCAGAAGCCCAAAGAAGGUGCGUUUGUUGUCAGAGAUUCAAGCCGACAGGGCCUUCUUACGCUGUCCAUGUAUUCACGGGCUAAGGGAAAUCAUAAUGGAGAUAUUCUACACUAUCAAAUUAAACAAAACCACUUGGGACAAUAUUAUGUAGCAGAAAAAUAUCUGUUUUCAUCUGUUCCUGAGCUCAUUGAGUAUCAUCAACACAAUGCUGCAGGUCUUAUCACACGUCUGCGACAUCCAGUUAGAUCAGAUGGAUGUACUUCUCCAGAAACUUCAGGAUUGAGUUAUGAGGAGUGGGGAUUAAACCCAUCUGAACUGUUGUUCCUGAAGGAACUCGGGCGUGGGCAGUUUGGAGUUGUUUAUCUUGGUAAAUGGAAAGAGACUAUCAAGGUUGCCAUCAAAACAAUCAAUGAAGGUGCAAUGUCUGAAGAUGAUUUCAUGGAGGAGGCCAAACUGAUGAUGAAACUGUCCCACCCAAAUUUGGUCCAGCUUUAUGGAGUGUGCACAUAUCACAAAACUCUCUACGUUGUGACUGAAUUCAUGGAAAAUGGUUGCCUGCUCAAUUACCUUCGGCAAAGGCGGGGGAAACUCGGCAGAGACAUUCUCCUGAGCACGUGCCAGGAUGUUUGCGAAGGGAUGGAAUAUUUGGAAAGAAACAGCUUUAUUCACCGUGAUUUAGCUGCAAGAAACUGUUUAGUCGAUGUGGAGCACAUUGUUAAAGUAUCUGACUUUGGCAUGGCAAGGUAUGUCGUUGACGAUGAGUAUAUUAGCUCUUCAGGUGCCAAGUUUCCAGUCAAAUGGUCAUCUCCUGAAGUCUUUCAUUUCAAAAAAUAUAGCAGCAAAUCAGAUGUCUGGUCAUUUGGCGUACUGAUGUGGGAAGUUUUCACAGAAGGCAAAAUGCCUUUUGAAACCAAGUCAAAUUCUGAAGUUGUCCAUGAGAUUUCUCAGGGUAACCGACUUUAUCGACCACAUUUGGCAUCACAUCCUGUGUACAAAGUCAUGUACAGCUGCUGGCAUGAGAAACCUGAAGGACGUCCUACUUUUGCAGAGUUAACAGUGGCCCUCAGAGGUCUAACAGAGCUGACAUAAUCACAGGUUUUAUACCAGUAUAUUUACUGAAAGGUCAGCAUUAAGCAUGCCACUAAUGUAGCUGGUAUAAAAACCCUCAACCUUUUACAGAGGUUUCUACCUGAAUCACAGUACCAGCAUCCUACAUAUUGAAGCUGUUUGGUCUUAGCCCAUUUUUUACUUAUUUGGGAAAGAUACUGCAGGAGACUGGUUUGGGAUUCUCAAGGCUUUGUUUUCAUUGUUAGGGAGAAAACUCUCCUGUCUGAAAACAGUAACCAAGCCUACUCACCUUAUAGAUAUUUUUAUUCAUUCUUUUGUUCAGAGCUACACUAAUUAUUGCAUCAAUAUUAUUACAUUAUUUGUACUUACACUGGGGAAUACUGACUGGCAGCAGCAAAAAUGGUGGAAGAACCUCUGAUAAAGCUCUGGCACUUCAAGGCAAUCCCUGUGCACUGCAAAGCAUCCAGCCCUGGAGAGCCAGAGCAGGGACAGCAAGCUAAGUGACUGGCUGCUGGAGCAGUGCCCACAAAGGCAGGCAAAGGGAGCAAAGGCAGCCAUCCUCAGAUAGCGGCUCCCAAGUCACGUCUGAGUGACUGAAAAGACUGAGCACCUCUGAAGCCAUUUUAAACAUGCAUUGCAGGUCAAGGUGUCUACAAUUCCAAUUCUGAAUAACAGAAGGGGUGCAAGGAUUAUUUUAUUCCAACCUCUAACACAAUUUUCCAAUAUUGUCUCCCAUUCCCCUGCUCUUGCCUACUCCAACGCCCACAAGUGCCUUAGUCCUCCCCU